CUGCGGGCUGGCGAGUUCUCCGCGGCGCGAGGGCCGAGCCUGAGCCGGCAACUCGGGACGCCGAGCGCAGGGGCCCGGCCAAGCGGCUGCGAGCCCUGGCGCCUCGCUCGGUCGGGGACAGCCGCUGGGUGCCGGCGAACCGAGCUAGCGGAGUGCAGCGAAAAGCAAAGAUGUCACAGUGGAUCCUUUGCCUCCAGGACCCAUUAAGGUGAGAAUAAGCUCUUUGGCUGGUUGAAACUAGCCCAAGACUGUAAGGCAGCCAUGGAUAUGGCAUACGAACUACUCAAUGGGAGCCAAGCAUGGCUUUCCUCUUCAUUUGACCUCAAUGGCACUGUGGCAGCUGCUAACAGCUCAAACCAGACAGAGCCAUACUAUGAUCUGACCAGCAAUGCAGUCCUCACGUUCAUAUAUUUUGUGGUCUGUAUCAUUGGGUUGUGUGGCAACACGCUUGUCAUUUAUGUCAUCCUCCGCUAUGCCAAGAUGAAGACCAUCACCAACAUUUACAUUCUCAACCUGGCCAUCGCAGAUGAGCUUUUCAUGCUGGGUCUGCCCUUCCUGGCCAUGCAGGUGGCUCUGGUCCACUGGCCCUUUGGCAAGGCCAUUUGCCGGGUGGUCAUGACUGUGGAUGGCAUCAAUCAGUUCACCAGCAUUUUCUGCUUGACAGUCAUGAGCAUUGACCGAUACCUGGCUGUGGUCCACCCCAUCAAGUCGGCCAAGUGGAGGAGACCCCGGACAGCCAAGAUGAUCAAUGUGGCUGUGUGGGGAGUUUCUCUGCUGGUCAUCUUGCCUAUCAUGAUAUAUGCUGGGCUUCGGAGCAACCAGUGGGGGAGAAGCAGCUGUACCAUCAACUGGCCAGGUGAAUCUGGAGCGUGGUACACAGGGUUCAUCAUCUAUGCCUUCAUCUUGGGGUUCCUGGUACCCCUCACCAUCAUUUGUCUUUGCUACCUGUUCAUUAUCAUCAAAGUGAAGUCUUCUGGAAUCCGAGUGGGUUCCUCUAAAAGGAAAAAGUCUGAGAAGAAGGUGACCCGGAUGGUGUCCAUAGUGGUGGCUGUCUUCAUUUUCUGCUGGCUUCCCUUCUACAUAUUCAAUGUCUCUUCGGUCUCUGUGGCCAUCAGUCCCACUCCAGCCCUUAAAGGCAUGUUUGACUUUGUGGUGGUCCUCACCUACGCUAAUAGUUGUGCCAACCCUAUCCUGUAUGCCUUCUUGUCUGACAACUUCAAGAAGAGCUUCCAGAAUGUCCUCUGCUUGGUCAAGGUGAGCGGCACAGAUGACGGGGAACGGAGUGACAGUAAGCAGGACAAGUCCCGGCUGAAUGAGACCACAGAGACCCAGAGGACCCUCCUCAAUGGAGACCUCCAGACCAGUAUCUGAAUUGCCUGAAAAAUAAAUAAAUAAAACACCAAGCUCUGCUAACUGGCAACGUGCUCCCUACCCCCACUCCCUUCCUUCCUCCCACGCAUCACACCUGGCUUCUAGAAUAGGGAAUUGCUCAGCAUGAGUCCAAUUCAAAGAACACUGUUUGAGUCGGCUUGUCUGAGUGAAUGAUAAUGUAUUAAAUUGAUUACCUCUCCCUUAAAGUGAACAUUUAAAGGCAGGCAGACAAUUCAAAGUCUGGAGGAAUGGAGAUCAUGCCUGGAUACGACCUUUAGAAAUGUUGAAGCUCAAGAAAAAUAGAAAACUA